AUGCGAGUCCUCGCCAACGAACCCAACUCUGUUUCUGUGCUGGUGAUGACUGCCACCUUUAUGCCCACCGGGAUCAACUGCACAAUCUUCGACGAGCCCUGCGAAGAGUACGACCAUUUCGUUACCGUGCUUAAGAAGCCGGGCUUCCGCCGUCUGGAUAUUGCCUUGCUUGUCGGUGGUGAACGCGAGGAAGACCUCGAAGCAUGCUGGCGACCACUGCUUAAUGGGCGUCUGCGCCGGGCACUUGGUGAAGCAAAAGGACUGGAAGAAUUCAGGCUGCAUACAACAUAUGAUCGAUUUCUCCACUAUAACGGCGAAUAUCCACUGAUCCCAUUACAGAGCAUUGUGCCUGUGGAACAAUGGUCGAAACUGCGCCAUUUUGAACUCUCCGGCCUUCUUAUCUCACAGGAUGAUUGUGUCUCUUUCCUCAAGACGCUACCAAGAUCUGUUCGUUCCAUUGAACUUAGUAUGCUGCACUUCUUUCACCUUGAAGACUGGUAUAGUAUGCUGGCCGAAAUCAGGCGAAUGGUAUCGGAGAGCGAGUUGUGGGGAGACCGGGAUGCGGGAUCAAGACCCAAAAUUACCAUCGGUGUGCCAAAUCCAAUCAUGAACACAUUCCAUCAAUCCGGUAUAUGGAUUCAAAAGGAGGUAGAGGAUUUUGUCUACGGUGAAGGAAUAAAUCCCUUUUAA